ACUACGGCCGGCAACCGCCCCAGCCCCCGCGUUCAACACUGGGCUGUCUGGAAGCCCGGCGAGGCGGCCGCUUGCGAGUUUGCCUUCCGCGUUCGGCCUUCGUUUCCCUGGGGGCGGCCAGGAGCCGCCGCGGCGGGCGGGAAGGUCCUGCGCCGGCGCCUCCCGGCCGCCAUCAUCCCGGCGUGCCCCGCGGCGGCAGGCCGAGCCGUCCGCCAUGUUGCGAUAGUUUGUUGUUUUCUUCCUGCGGAGGAGCAGGCCGGAGGGCCCCCACCCGCCGGCCGCGCCGCCUCCCGCACCCAGGCCCGGCCAGCCGCCCCCGUCCGCAGUCGUCCCCGCCCCCCGCCGCCCGUCCCCGGGCCCCGGCUGGCCCGGCGGCCCCCCCCAGCUGGCUUGGUGGGGCGAGGCUGAAGGCCGGGCCCAGCGAGCGCCAUGGCGGCCGCCCUGGGAGCGGGCGGAGGAGCGGGCGCCGGAGAUGAUGACUUUGACCAGUUUGAUAAGCCGGGUGCGGAGCGGUCCUGGAGGAGGAGAGCUGCGGACGAGGACUGGGACAGUGAACUUGAUGAUGACUUACUUGGAGAAGAUUUGCUGUCUGGCAAAAAGAAUCAAUCGGAUUUGUCAGAUGAAGAGCUAAAUGAUGAUCUCCUACAGAGUGAUAAUGAAGACGAAGAAAAUUUCUGUACUCAGGAUGUCACGAUCAGUCUGACUGCCACAUCAGACAUGGUCACAUCAUUUGAGAUGUCUGACACUAACGACCAGUCUGCAGAACAGGAAUCCGAGUAUGAGCAAGGAGAGGACGAACUCGUUUAUCACAAAUCGGAUGGGUCUGAACUGUAUGCUCAUGAGUACCCAGAAGAAGGGCAGUAUGAAGGCCACGACGCUGAGCUCCCAGAAGACCACAUUGAGUACGUGGAGGAGCCCGAGGAGGAGCAGCUGUACAAUGACGAGGUCCUAGACAUCGAGAUCAAUGAGCCUUUAGAUGAAUUCACAGAUGAAGAAUACUUGCAGGCUUGUGGGCAACAAGGGAUGAAAGAGCAGGAAGACUGUGUUGCUGAAGAGGAAUUAGAUGAGAUUACUGAUUCCCAGGUUGAUCCUGAAACCGAAGAGGGAGGCAUGGAGACUUUGGAGCUGCAGAAGGACAUCAAAGAAGAGUCGGAUGAAGAGGAUGAGGACGAUGAAGAAUCUGGACGAUUGCGUUUCAAAACUGAAAGGAAAGAAGGAACAAUCAUUAGGCUCUCAGAUGUAACUAGAGAGAGAAGGAACAUUCCAGAAACGCUGGAGCUUUCAGCAGAAGCCAAAGCCGCGCUGCUUGAAUUUGAAGAGAGGGAGCGGCAGCACAAGCAGGGCCGCUACGGCUCCAGGCGGGGAGGAAGGAGAGGAGGCUCGUCCCUGUGCCGCGGCGUGGGAGACCAGAGGAGGGAGAGCAGCGAGAGGGGCCGCGCCAAGGACCACAGGCCCGCUCUGCUGCCCACGCAGCCCCCCGUGGCGACGUACUCUCCAAGACUAAUUCCUCCUCCACAGCCUCAGCCGCCGCCGCCGCCGCCGCCGCCGCCGCCGCAGCAGCCGAUCCGCAGUCUGUUCCAGCAGCAGCAGCUCCAGCCCCUGCUGCCCCUGCAGCACCCGCACCACCCCUCGCCUCCGCAGGGGAUGCACAUGCCGCCCCAGAUCGAGGCCCCCCGCGUGAUGAUGACCCCUCCUCCCGUGACCCCGCAGCAGCCCAAGAACAUACACAUCAACCCCCACUUCAAAGGGGCCGUGGUGACACCCGUCCAAGUGCCCUUGCUGCCAGUCCCGAGCCAGCCGAGACCUGCGGUGGGACCCCAGAGAUUCCCAGGCCCUCCAGAGUUCCCGCAGCACACACCUGGCCCCGUCCCCAACAGCUUCAGCCAGCCCCCUCGGCUUCCUCUUCAGGACCAGUGGAGGGCCCCGCCCCCGCCCCAGGAGCGAGACCCUUUCUUCUUAGGAGUUUCAGGAGAGCCAAGGUUCCCGAGCCAUCUCUUCCUGGAGCAACGAAGUCCCCCCCCACCGCCUCCUCCUCCCACGCUCCUCAGCAGCGGUCACCCUGUGCCCACGCCCAGCCCCUUGCCGUUCACCCAGCCCGGCCCAGCGUUCAGUCAGCAGGGGCAGCAGCCUGUGUUCCCCAGAGAGAGGCCCGUGAGGCCAACCCUCCAGCCGCCAGGGCCUGUGGGGCUCCUGCACUUCAGCCAGCCGGGGUCUGCGGCCACGAGGCCCUUCAUCCCUCCUCGCCAACCCUUCCUGCCGGGCCCGGGACAGCCCUUCCUGCCCACCCACACGCAGCCCAGUCUGCAGGGGCCGCUGCAUCCCCCGCUGCCCCCGCCACACCAGCCGCAACCGCAGCCGCAGCAGCAGCCCCCGCUCCAGCCCCCGCUGCAGCCCCCGCUGCAGCCGCCCCCACCGCACCAGCCUCCGCACCAGCCGCAGCAGCACCACCACCACCUCUCCGUGCCACCCCCGCCGCUGAUGCCCGUGGCUCAGCCCCAGUUCAGGCCUCACAUGCCGGCGACCCAGCCUCAGCCCAGCAGCAGCCGGAUGCAGUGCCCCCAGCGCCCGGGGCUGCGGCACAGCACGGCUUCCCAGAACGUCACCAAGCGGCCAAUGCAGCAGAUGCAGCCCACGGCUCCGAGGAAUAGCAAUCUGCGCGAGUUGCCGAUCGCGCCGCCUCAUGUCAUCGAGAUGAGCACCAGCCGCUGCUCCUCCACGCCUGCGGCCCAAGUGAAGCCCAUCAUGAGCACGUCUCCCCCCUCGAGGCCCGGGCUGGGGCCCAGGAACGCGCAGGGGAAGGCCGAAGGGAGAGUCAAGCCGCUUAGCCCUGUGGGUCAGCCGAAAGAGGAAGCAAAGACCGAACCAGAGUUUCCUGAUGAAGAUGAAGAAACGAGGUUGUACCGUCUGAAGAUAGAGGAGCAGAAGCGCCUGCGAGAAGAGAUCCUGAAGCAGAAGGAGCUGCGGCGGCAGCAGCAGGCGGGCGCCCGGAAGAAGGAGCUGCUCGAGAGGCUGGCGCAGCAGCAGCCGCAGCCGCCGCCGCAGCUCUGUGCCCCGCCCACCCCCGCCGCUCCCGGCGAGCAGACGCCUGCCCCGCCACCUGCCAACGGCAACCCGCUGCUCCCCUUCCCGGGGCCUCCUCCGGUCAGACCCAACGUGAAAAACAGACUCCUUGUCAAAAACCAGGAUGCGGCCGUUGCAAACGUUCCACCCAAAACGUCGGGCUUUGUGCCGUCUGGUGCUCACACACAGUAUCCAGGACAACAGAUGAAGCCACUGAAACACUUGAGACAGGCCAGAGCCAUACCUCAGAGCCCAGCUCAGCACAGAGUCCUGCAGGUGAAGCCCGCCGGUGGGGAGGGGCCGCCGCCCCCCUCGCAGACCGCUCGGGCCGCAUCCCUCCAAGGCCGGCCCCCGGAGGCCAAGCCCGGCGCCAAGAGGACUGUCAUGCACCGGGCCAACAGCGGCGGUGGAGACGGGCCGCACGUCGGCUCCAAGGUCAGGGUGAUUAAGUUGUCAGGCGGGCAGGGAGGAGAGAGCGACGGCUUUUUUCACCCGGAGGGCCAGCCUCAGCGGCUCCCUCAGCCCCCAGAGGCGAGGCAGCAGCCCACCCGCAAGGUGACGCUGACCAAGGGGGCGCUCCAGCAGCCGCAGCACCCUGCGCCGGGGGCCCACAUGCACGCGGCCGGCCCGCCAGGCAUCAAGAGCAUCCAGGGGAUCCACCCGGCCAAGAAGGUGCUCGUGCAUGGCAGAGGCCGGGGCCUGGUGGGAGCCAUGGGCCGGGGCCGCCUGAUGCCCAACAAGCAGAACCUGCGGGUGGUGGAGUGCAAGCCUCAGCCCUGCGUCGUGUCUGUGGAGGGCCUCUCCUCAUCUACCACCGACGCCCAGCUGAAGAGCCUGUUGACGUCGGUGGGGCCCAUCCAGAGCUUGCAGAUGCUCCCCCAGCAGCGGAAAGCCAUAGCCAAGUUCAAGGAGCCAGCGCACGCGUUGGCAUUCCAGCAGAAGUUCCACAGGCACAUGAUAGACCUGUCCCACAUAAACGUGGCCCUGAUUGUCGAGUGACCUCCGCGGACGGGCUGACUGGGACGCCGAACACACACUGUGGAACUCCUCCGGAGCUGCGCGCAGAGGCCCCACGAGCCGAGUCUCUCCAUCCACAGCCCUGCCAGGCCGUUGUCUGAGACGCCCGACGGCCCAGAGUAGAUUCCAGAAGAGCUGGACUUGCGGGGCGUGGCAGACUCGAGUCGCUGUUGGAGCGUCCACGUUCUGUCGCCGCCACGAAGAACUGCAGUUUGGUUUCCUGUUGUUCUCCAAGUGCUCACAGUGCAUGUAGACCUUGUUCUUUGUGACCUUACUGUAUGACCGAUUCCAGUGACUUAGAGUCAGGAGAGACCAUCACCGUCACAGAUUCUCAGUGUUUUUCACAGCAAAGAAUACUUGAUAAUGGUUGCACUUAUCUUCAGUGCAGGCUAGACGAGUGUCUUCUCACCCAGCUUCACUCGCGUUCCUUUCUCAGAAGGCCCUCCAGGGCUCUUGUGGAAACGUAGAGGCAAAUUCGGGUGGCGAUAUCCUGGGAAGCAGGGCGUGCGGGUGGCUGGGAGUGGUGCCAGUUGUGCGGCAGAUUCUGCUUCUUGUAAAUAUUCCCAGAGCGCCAGCCCAGUUCCAGAGGGAAAGCCCCUUUCUACACUCUGCCCAGACACCAUGCAGACGCUGGUGGGCACUGGCGUGCGCCCCCGAGCUGAGUGCAGGUUUUGGGGCCCCGCUAGGGGAGGGUAGGCCAGCUGGAAGCUUGAAAGGGCCUGUUUGGUUUCUUCUUCAUUUUAGACACAGCCCCAGGAGGCAUAGUCAUGGCACCGGCUCUGGGAUACGUACGUGACUGUUGGGAAGCCUGGUUGUCGUUGCUGUGAUGAGCGUUUUCUUUUUUGAAGGCCUUUUGAGCAGGGGCUGUGCUGUCCUUCAGUGGGCCCGAAGCAGGGGCUGCUCGCACUGGCGUGUGGGCGGGCAGCUCCGGGGCUUGGGGUAGCUUCGCACAGGUGAGCCGCUCGCUCCCCGUAAAGUCAUCUUCAGCAAAAUCCGUUCUGGGCAAACGAUGACAGAAGUGCCUUACUGCAUUUGUGCUCAUGCAGGAGUCUCACUGUUUGGGUUUAUUCUAACAUGGGCCUGAACUAUUGGAGCAGAUGAUAACUGGGGCAUACUCAGACUUUUUAGCUGAAUUUUAUACGUAAAAUUUCCUGUCACAUUUAUUAGUAGAAUUAAGGGAAAGAGACGCCUGUUGCUGAUUAGCACAGCGAGGUCCCUCAGUAGGGCACCCCUUUCUCAGCUUUCUCGUGGGUAGCUGAGACACAGGUCAUGUGAUCUUGUAUCUUCUUGUUUUCACAGUUGAAAUUUUAUGUUUUUCAAAUUAAGUCACCAGAACUUCAGGGGAGUGUUGAGACCCACGAGCCUCUGUAACGCUGACUCCACAGUGCGCCACGUGCUAGGAGGGAGCCUGCAACCUGAAGGUGGGUGCUCAUGGCCGCUGCUCGGAGGCUGCAGUUCAGGAAGCUGUAGGCACUGGUAGAACACGCUAGAUCACCUCUCGCUGGGAGCGCCCGGCCACUGGUGUGCCCGCCCCCCAACCCAUCUUCACAAGUAGAUGCAGGUGUGUUCACACGAGUGUGGCUCAGUCCACAGAGAGCUGGGCUGAAGCGGCAAGUGGGGUACUGCAGGCGCCAUGCGGGGGCGUCCAGGCCACCUACCCCCCCGGGCGGCGGGAGGCUCACAGUUAAGGGGCUUGUUCAGGGCUUGAUGGCGCAGUAAAAUGAGCCUGCCGAUUUCACCGCUUUUUGAAAUGGUCUGAGUGUGCUAUGACUUUGAAGCUAAAAACCUGCCCGUUGUCUCCAUGACGUAGCUAGGCACCGUUUUUUCUGGUUAGCGAUAAUAAACUAGCUAGGCACCCUUUUUUCGAGUUAGUGAUAAUAAACGAAUCCUAUUUGGGCACCUUGUUCACGGCGGCCCUCAUGGCUACCCUAAGGGCUGCUUUUGUGUUGUCUGAGCCCGACAUGGUGCCCCGGGAUGCGUGUGCGUCUGUAACUGUCUGCACACACCCGGAACACGCUUUCUAUGGAUAGAACAUUCUUGAAUGGCCAUCGGCUAAGUCGGCCAGGCCUUCCGUCAAGGCCUGGUUAGAGAGGUUCCCCGUGGUCGCCUCCUGACACGCUGGGCCCGUGGGCACGGGCUUUCAGUGCCGGCCAGGCCUGAGGACGCAGCCUCGGUUUCCUUGAGGAAACUGGGAAAGGAAGGAGCAGAGUUAGGAAGGAGCAGUGUUGCCGCCUCGCGCACCGCGCAGCGCAGCGCAGCCAGCCUACCGCACGCUGAGCCCUCUGGGAAGAUCUGUUGCAACCAUUAUCUUUGUUCUUCAUUUAUCAUGCAUUUAAAGUGAGACGCAGAAGCAGUUAACACACUAUGUAAAUAUGGACCUUUUAAAAUUAAAUCCUUAAGAGAGAUGCUUUCAGUUCAGCAACAUCGCAGCUGUUUGUUAGUUCUUUUGUGUUGUCUUAUCGAAGUUUAAUGGAUACAGUUCCAUAAUGUUGAUGUGUUUGUGUGUAUAUUCGAUUUUUAUAAAGAUGGUAGUAAGUCAAUACA